UUAAAACAUGCUUUAUAGCUAUUUCUGCUCCACAAAGAAAUAAAAACAUGAAGCUUUUAACAGGAAAGUUUAAUUUCUCAAGACUUCAAGUCAGUCGUCUUCUAACUGAAGAACCACCCCAGGCAGAAUGUAUCUGUAUGCAGACAAUCAUGAAAAAAGCAAAAGCAAAGUCCUAAGGACUAAGAUUUGAGUAGCCUCGUAUAUUUAACGUUAUUUUUAGCUUGUCUGCAUCGUAACUGCAUUUGGCCUUCUGUGUGCCGCCCUAAGCCUUUAGAUGGGAAUGCCUCAUUCAUUAGCUAGUAAUCGAGUGGCUAUUUCAAGAGGUCCACGAUCGUGAAGGGCUUGGAAUCGCGCGUGUUCUUACAAAUGAGCCCCCACCCACCCAGAUUUCCCUGUCGUGCCUCCUUCCAUGCACACAGCAGCACAUGGUUACAAUCAAGCCCAUAAAUCAGGCGCCUCCGAUCGAAUAGUCCGAAUUAAGCACACAUGCACAUCAGACUGGGGCUGGCUGCUGUUGCAGCAGAAGAAGCGAGAGAAACAGUCACACAUCAGGGGGAUGGAUGGACCCAACAAUCCUCUAUAGUGAUCAAUAUCUGACUGUCUUUUGCAAAUCGCUGCAGUGCUUCACAGGUGUGCACUCGAGUAUUCUCAUACGGAUUGAUUCAGCUGGAGCCACAUGUCACAUGUGCUUCAUAGGAAGAACCGGGGCAUCAUCUGCUGCAAGCUGGAUCUGGAGGAGGAUGCUGCGGCAAGUGAUACACAGAGGGCUGAAAUCUUCUUUCUACUGGCUGGGUUUGUUCGUGAGCAGGCAUCCGGUGUUCUUCCUCACCGUUCCCGCAGUCCUGACCAUCAUUUUCGGAUUCACGGUGCUGAGCCGGUUUAAGCCCGAAACGGACCUGGAGAUCCUGGUCGCCCCGACGCACAGCCUCGCGAAGAUCGAGCGGAGUCUCGCCAACAGCCUCUUCCCCGUCGACCAGUCGAAGCACAAGCUGUACUCGGACCUACACACCCCCGGCAGAUAUGGAAGACUCAUUCUGCUGGCCAGAUCCGGGGGAAAUAUCCUGGAACUGGCCGAGCAGGUGCUCCAGGUGCACAAGAAGGUCCUGGAUAUGCGUGUCAAUUAUAAAGGCUUCAAUUACACUUUCGCGCAUCUCUGUGUCCUGAGCCACCGGGACAGGAGAUGCCUCCUGGAUGAUAUCAUCACCAUAUUCGAAGACAUUCGCUUAGCUGUUCUGUCUAACAGCACUUUUUCCAAGGUCCCCGUGAGCUAUCCAAAUACAACAUUAAAGGAUGGUCGAGUGUCCUUUAUUGGCCAUCAGCUGGGGGGCGUGGCCUUGCCUGUAAAUAGCCGGGAUCAACAAGUCAAGUUUGCUCGUGCCAUCCAAAUAACAUACUACCUCCGCAACCUUGGACCAGUGGUGCAGGACAUCAUUUCUGAGAAGUGGGAGAGUGAAUUCUGUAAGCUGGUGCACCAGCUGGCCACAGACAGCCAGGAACUACACAUCCUGUCACUUACGUCCUUCAGCUUAUGGCGGGACUUCCACAAGACAGGCGUGCUGGCCAAGAGCGAGGUACUGGUCAGCUUGGUGCUGGUGCUCCUGGCAGCCACCAUCUCCAGCUCUAUGCGGGACUGCUUGCGUGGGAAACCCUUCCUGGGCCUGUUGGGGGUCCUUACCAUCUGCAUCGCCAACGUGACGGCAGCUGGGAUUUUUUUCAUCUCUGAUGGGAAAUUUAACUCUACGCUGCUUGGGAUCCCCUUUUUUGCCAUGGGUAAGUGCGGCUUUGUUCACGGAGACUGCGGUGAUUGUAUGUAG